GCUCGCGGCAGCGACCGGGCCCUGAUGGGAGCUUCUGCAGGGAGAGCUGCGUGGGGCGACGCUUUCGCAUUCUCUCUGUGAUGCUGAAAGCAGAAUUGGGAGCAAAAUGAAGUUUUAGUGGAUCUCGGAGAGGGCUGCACUGCUGCCUCUAGAAAAUCCCAUCAAAAGUCAUGGAUCCUAACCCACCUCAGAUGGUUCAUAAGGCCACUAGAGCAAGCAUAGUUCAGGAGUUUCAGCAGCGGAGCGUAUUUACACAACAACAAAGCAUGAACACAGACAAACCCUUAACCAGAUCUCACUUUUCACUGUCUUUCUCACUGCAGGCUCUGCUCAUAGGUUAGAAUCACCAGGAAUUUGGGCUCACAAUAGAAAUUUCAUGUGUUUCAUCUUUCUUGGGGUAUUUCAGUUAGGACGCUGCAAUCCUCUGGCUAUAUUUAUCUCACUGCAAACACACGUCUCAUAUUUACACACAUACAUGUACCUGUACAUACGGUACAAAUUAUCCUGAAAUACAUAGGAGCAGUAUAUUAAUACAGUACAGUGAAUAUAUCCAUGAAAGACAUAAAAAUAUCACAUGCUUUCCUUGACACACUGUUCCCUGUAUAUAUUUGUGUAAAUAUUUGCGCAGGUGAGCACAGAUACCUACCCUAGGUGCUGUGCUAUAACAAUAACUUAGCAUUUCAACCUGAGAAAAGAGCUGUGUGAAUUAAAACAGCAAUGAGAGAUGUAAGGUUACCGGCUGUUAUACUCUGAGCUAACUCUUGCACAACACUAUGCAAAGAUAGCUGAUCAGCUUCCCUGGAUUUUGCUGACGCCACAGGAAAGCUUUGCCUGAAGAUGGAAACACUGGAGUCGGAACUGACCUGCCCUAUCUGUCUCGAGCUGUUUGAGGACCCGCUGCUGCUGCCCUGCGCUCACAGUCUCUGCUUCAACUGCGCGCACCGCAUCCUGGUCUCCCACUGCGCCUCCAACGAGCCGGUGGAGUCUAUCACCGCCUUCCAGUGCCCCACCUGCCGCUAUGUCAUCACCCUCAGCCAGCGCGGUCUAGAGGGGCUCAAGCGCAACGUCACCCUGCAGAACAUCAUCGACCGCUUUCAGAAAGCCUCGGUGAGCGGGCCCAACUCCCCCAGCGAGACCCGUCGGGAGCGGGCAUUCGACAGCAACAGCAUGUCCUCCUGCGAGAAGGUCCUCUGCCAGUUCUGCGACCAGGACCCUGCCCAGGAGGCAGUGAAGACGUGCGUGACCUGCGAGGUCUCCUACUGCGAGGAGUGCCUGAAAGCCACGCACCCCAACAAGAAGCCUUUCACCGGCCAUCGGCUGAUCGAGCCCAUCCCGGACUCUCACAUCAGGGGAUUAAUGUGCUUGGAGCACGAGGACGAGAAGGUGAACAUGUACUGCGUGACAGAUGACCAGCUGAUUUGCGCCCUGUGCAAGCUGGUCGGGCGGCACCGGGACCAUCAAGUGGCAGCUCUAAGCGAGCGCUACGACAAGCUGAAGGAACUAACUGCAUUCUGGAGUCCAGACCUUGCUGAGAGUUCAGGAGCUGUGACAGUAUCACUCUGUAGUGCAGUGGUAGGCCAGCAAAAUUUGGAGAGUAACCUCACCAACCUUAUUAAGAGGAAUACUGAACUGGAAACUCUUCUGGCAAAACUCAUUCAGACCUGUCAACAUGUAGAAGUAAAUGCAUCUCGCCAAGAAACCAAGCUGAUGGAAGAAUGUGACCAGCUCAUUGAAAUAAUACAACAGAGACGACAAAUAAUUGGAACCAAAAUCAAGGAAGGAAAGGUGGUGAGGUUGAGAAAACUGGCUCAGCAGAUUGCAAACUGCAAACAGUGCAUCGAGCGCUCGACAUCCCUCAUCUCUCAGGCUGAGCAGUCACUGAAGGAGAACGAUCACGCUCGCUUCCUGCAAACUGCUAAAAACAUCACCGAAAGGGUUUCCAUGGCAACUGCAUCCUCCCAGGUUCUAAUUCCUGAAAUUAAUCUCAACGAUACUUUUGAUACUUUUGCACUUGAUUUUACCAGGGAGAAGAAAUUGUUGGAAUGCCUUGAUUAUCUUACAGCUCCCAACCCUCCCACCAUUCGAGAAGAGCUCUGUACGGCUUCUUAUGAUACUAUUACUGUCCACUGGACAUCAGACGAUGAGUUCAGCGUGGUCUCUUACGAGCUGCAGUACACCAUCUUCACUGGACAAGCUAACGUUGUUAGUUUAUGUAACUCAGCCGACAGCUGGAUGAUUGUUCCCAAUAUCAAACAAAACCACUACACCGUGCAUGGGUUACAGAGUGGCACAAAGUACAUCUUCAUUGUUAAGGCUAUUAAUCAGGCUGGCAGCAGAAGCAGCGAGCCAGGCAAGCUCAAGACAAACAGUCAGCCAUUUAAACUGGACCCCAAAUCUGCUCAUAGAAAGCUGAAAGUGUCUCAUGACAACUUGACAGUGGAACGUGAUGAAACCUCCUCCAAAAAGAGUCAUACACCAGAGCGAUUCACGAGCCAAGGGAGCUAUGGAGUAGCUGGCAAUGUGUUCAUUGACAGCGGACGGCAUUACUGGGAAGUGGUUAUAAGUGGGAGUACAUGGUAUGCCAUUGGUAUUUCAUACAAGUCAGCACCGAAGCAUGAGUGGAUCGGGAAGAACUCAGCCUCCUGGGUGCUGUGCCGCUGCAACAACACAUGGGUGGUGAGACACAACAGCAAAGAAAUCCCAAUAGAGCCUGCGCCUCAUCUCCGCCGUGUCGGCAUUUUGCUGGACUACGACAAUGGUUCCCUUGCUUUUUAUGAUGCCUUGAACUCCCUGCACCUUUACACCUUUGACAUUACGUUUGGGCAGCCCGUCUGCCCCACAUUCACUGUGUGGAAUAAGUGUUUGACCAUUAUAACAGGCUUGCCCAUACCUGAUCACUUAGACUCCUCUGAGCAGCUGGCAUGACUGUUAAAAGCCAACAGGUAGGAGGAUGUGUUUCCCAAGGCAGCUGCCUGCAGGAGCUCGCCUGGAGCUGGUGGACUGUGCAGCAUCUCUGUUGGUGCUGCCAAAACCAGCCAGAACUGAAAAGGGGUGGAUCUCUCUUUUCUGAGUACUUUAUACAGAAGGACAACAAGUGGCUUUAAUAAUAACUUAGAACUCUUUUUGCAGUUGCUUUUGUUUUGUUUUGCAUUUAGUCCCUUUCAGGAAGAUUUAUAAAUUAUUUAUAAAAAAAAAAGAAAAAAAAAGAAGAAGAAAAAAGGAGAGAGAGAGAAGGGAAAGCCUGGUUUGGAUACCUGGAAAAUGACUUCUUUGUUUUUGCACAUCAGUGGUCACAUUCAUUAAAGUUUCAUCAGCUCGUUACAUUAUUUUAUUUUACAGUGGAUAAAGGCAGGAAAUUGGAAGGAUAAAAGUGUGCAGUGGUGGACAAGUCAGUAUACUGCUAGUUUUAUUCACGCCAAUUUUAGCAAUCAUUACCGAUCUUAUUGAAUGCAAAAUCUCAUAAUUUCUACUUUGCACAUGGGAAUGUGCAGACCAAAAAGAAUGAAAAUAAACAAGUAAAGAAGUAGAGCUGGCCAACACAACAAAAGUAGAAAGUUUAAUUUACUUCUGUUCACGGGGCAGUGUGUUCUCUGUUCACGAAACACAUGUGGAGUAUCUUCUAGAAAUGUGAGUGCUUACAUCAUCUGGUGAUUUAUUUUACUGAUGGCAACGUUCCCAUCUGCCAGUUUCACUUUCGUCUUUGGGAAACACUGUAGAAUCAUUGAGGACGUGAAAGACUGAUAGCAUCUCUGGAAUGGCAACGCUGGAGGAGAGGAGCCACCCUGAGGUCUGACUGUAGACUAAUUUGACAAAACACUGCAACAUUUAAGGUUUGAUUGUAAUGGAAGACAUCGUGUUUUUCAUGGUAGACACAUGAAUGCUUAUUGCUGAUUUUACAAGGUUCAACACAGCAAGCCUAGCCAAUAACUCGGAAGUGAGACAUGAGCCACCUUACCAUUGGUUUUAAAUUAAAUACAAAUGUUCCAUUGUUGUACGUUAUGUAGUAAAAACAAAGGAAGGAAAUCUGUUUUGCAUGAGCUGUAUGGAGAAACAUUGCAGCUGGAGUUUGUUCAUAAUUAUAAUUGUCUUGAGUUGUUUGGGGAAGAACAGUUCUCUUUGUGAAUGAGCGGUAAAUAACGUAUUUUCAGGAGUAGUAGGAAUCUGCACAGGCAGGCUCUACAUUCAUGUAGGUGUUGGUGGAUGAACUUCAAUGAAGUCAAUAGAGGUUGCACCUAUUUUAUCUCAAAGCUGAAUCAGGUGCAUUUUUUUUCACUUUUCCUUCUACGAGGUAGAAGCCCUUUCUAAUUGCUACAGUACUUGUUUAUAAAUGAUCAUUUUGGGAGAUGCUUGAGGCAUACGACAACUUUAAAAGAAUGGUCUUCUUACAGUGUUGUUACUAUUCAAGUGGAGAAAAUAUGCCUGUGUGGAAAGAGUAUAAACUGAAUACCAACUUUAAGAAAAGAUUUGUUCAGUAGCUUAUAACCAUGCUUAGGUGUCUUUUGAAAAGGAUGCCCUAAUGCACUUUGUUCACUAAUGGGUCCAAAAUAAAAUGGUCCCAAACUCAGCUUCAGAUUUUUUAAAUCCUGAUUCUGCAGGUACAAAGCUGUACUACAGUUUGCCUUAUGAUGAUGUAGAAAACUUAUGAACUUGGUAAUGAAUACGUACAUGCCUAUGGGGUUUGAUUUUUCACUUUUUUAAUAGGAAAUAAAUGUCAGUCUUUGUUCCUUUGGUUUCCCUUUAUGUGCUCUACUGGCUGAUUACUUAAGUGGAGAAAAGUGUGACAGUACACUGCUGGUAAUGUAUGUGGCUUUCUGCUGUGGCAGUAUCCCAUGGUUCACAGGCAAGAACCACUGAUUUUUCCAGAGUUGAUAUAAAUACAGGAAAAUAUGUACAUACUGUGUCAGUGUACUGCACUGUUUAUCGUCGUGUCUUAAGUAACAAAGAAAAGAAUAUGUUCAAAAAUGAAAAAGUAAAUCAAUCCUCAAAUAUCACAUUUUAUACCUGAGUACACUUCUACCAGUACAGCCUUUUGCACGUUGCCUGAAUGAUAUGGCCUGGAAUGUUUAGAAGAUAGCUGAGAUGGCAUGAAAAUUAUUAUAAUGAGUUGACAGGAGAUGACUGAUGAGAAGCAGUGAUUAAAAUGAACAGGACAAAGGGACUCUUAAUUUUUUGCCAAGUUUCUGCCCAACAGGAAAGUGUGUAUUACCACAGUACAAGUGGCAAGGCUGUGUGCCUCCUCUUUCCUUAGAAAUAUUAAAUCUAGAAGCUGAUUUUGUAGUGAACAAAUUGAAAACACUCUUCAGUGUUUGGCCAUACAAUGUUAGCAGAUAGUGAGCUGGAUGUAGUUAACACCAUGAAUUUGGAAAGAUCCCCAGUGAUCUCACGUAUUUUCAUUUUAAAGACAGUGUGUUCAAAGGCAGAUCAUGGUUUUGGUGAAAGUAAAAAAUGAACGGUCUUCUAUCUGUAUGCCUUUCUGUAUUAUUUAUAUUUUAACACAGAAUACUUCGUUUGGAGCAAGGCCACAUUGCUACAUUGGACUAUUAGUUCAGUGAGUACACUCUGUGUGUAUAUGUUUGUGUAUAUGUGUAUACAUAUGUAUAUACAUAUAUGUAUGUAUGGGUAUACACACAACAGUAUAUGCAAUGUGUAUAUACAUACAUACAUAUGUACACAGAAUGAUACCAGUUAGUCAGGUGCUCUUUUUUGCUUGUUUCUUGAAUUAUUUCAUAUUCUGUAUGACUAUGAGGAAACAAGUUGCUAUGAAUGGUAUUCAUCUGGACAUUUUUUAACAAACAAAAUCUGUUCACGCCUGAUUAAUCAAUAAAAGCAUCCAUUCAAAACUGUA